AUGGAUACCUUUUCAAUGAAAAAACCAUGCUCUUCUGAGGCCUCUAGCAUCUCUGCUGCCUCUGAGGAAAUCGACACAAACACGAAGAAGAUGAAAGGUAAGGUUAUGGAUUUAGGAUCUGAAUUAAAGACACAUGAAUUAUCAUCUGCUGGUGUACUUCUUGAUCUUAAAGUCCAUAAUAGUGCCUCAAAUCUUGAACUCAAUCUUUUCAAUUCAACUUCUAGCAUGAAAAAUUCGGCUCCUGCUAGUGAGUCUUCUAACGAGGCAAUGCCUAAUAAGCAAAGGCGUUCCUCGGAAAGUAGGGUUUUCUCUUGCAGCUUCUGUAAGAGAGAAUUCUCCACUUCUCAAGCCCUAGGAGGACAUCAAAAUGCUCAUAAACAAGAGAGAGCUUUGGCUAAAAGGCGAAACGGACUUGUUGAUGUUGUUUCUCCUUUUGGCCCUCCCAAUUAUCACCCUUACUAUAAUCCCUACUCAAGUUACACCACACAUUUGCCAUUUCAUGGUACUUUUACUAGUCGAUCAUCCCUUGGUGUUCAAGGUGAUUCCUCCACUAUUCAUAAGCCUUCUCCCUACAAUCCAUGGUCGGUUUUUUCGGGCUACAAUUAUCGAUUUAACCCCGAAAAGUGGUCAUCAUCAGGCUCAUCAGUUCUUAGGACAGAAAAUCUUGGAAUUGGAAGUGCUCCUUUGGAGAAUUCCCUCAAGUUUGAGAACAAAAAUAGUGCAAAGGGUUUCUGUUUAAGGGAUUCACCGGUUAAGAUUGACAAUAAUCGUGGUGGAAAUAAUAAAAGGAAGGUGGGAUUUGGAGAGGAAGAUGCAGAAGAGAAUGAAGAAGACUCAGAGAUUGAUCUGAAUCUAAAGCUUUAA